AUGAAUUCAUCAGAGAUCUAAAAAGAGAAUUAUAUACAAACGAUAGCUAUGCUACGAAAAGAAAUAAGGUUUCAUCAAAAACAAGAUUCUAAGUUAUCUAAAUCGAAUAACUCUUCAUUAUCACUUUACAAUAUCAAUAAUCAAUAAUAAUUAGAGGAUCACCAAUCAGUAAAUGGCUACGAAUAAUAGAACCAUAUAAAUAAAUCAGGAGAUUAGUUUGAUUCAAAAAUUACUCAAAUUGAGAAUCAACCUUACUUCGAUAUGCUAUCAUAAGCUGAAAAAUACAUGAAGUUAGUAUUAAAUAUAGGCUACAAUCUAUAACCAUUAGCUUUAGAAAAAAUAUUAGAAGGAUUUGAAACAAUACCAUGCAGACUGAUAAAAUAAGUCUCGAAACCUGAAAUUUGCCAAGUCUUCUCCUUUAAUUCAAAUAAUACUUUACUGGCAACAUCAUAAGGAAAAAAUAUUUAAAUAUUCAACUUUAUGAAUGGAGAAUUUGAAGAAAAUGUAUAGUUCCAAGCUCAUAAUGCAGAUGUAACUUCCUUGGUUUUCAGUAAAAAAUCGAAUUACUUACUUUCAGGAGGAAUGGAUGAUUAUAUCUAUCUAUGGGAAGAAUUAAGAGGCCAAAAUUAAUGGUAAAAAAAAAUAUCCAUAAAUACUAAGAGCCCAAUUAGCUGUAUGAUUUUUAACAAAUUGGAAAAUCUUAUCAUAGUUGGUAAUAAGUAUGGUUUCUUAUAAAUUUGGUCUCUAAAUAUUGAAAAUAAUUUAAUUAAGAUUGUCGAUGAAAAGAGACAAGUUCAUAAAAAUACAAUUUAUGCAGUUAGUCUUAAUUCCUCUGAAAAUAGGAUAAUCACAUGCUCAGUUGAUAAAUAAAUAAUACUUUGGGGUAUAGAUGAACGAGGUUGGUUGGAAAUGAUCGCAUCUUAAGAAAGAUAAAAUUAUGUCACUCGCAUUCUUUUUUUAAAUGAUAACAGAAUCCUUUUAGCUUAAAAUAAAAAAGGAUUGAUUUAACUAAAGCUUGAAAAUGAUAAAUUCCAAGAAAAAGAAUAAAUAAUAAUUGAAGAUUUAUCAGAGGAUCAUCAUUAUUUUCCAAUUCAAUAUAAUUAAAUUAGAAAUAUCAUAAUAAUUAAACAUAAUAGAUUUAUUUAUAUACUGAGUAAUCUUUAAAAAGAUGCAUAUGAAUUAUUAAAAAAAUUAGAAUUUCAAUCUAUGAAAAUAUAUGGAACAUUAUCAACUGAUAGAAGGCACCUAGUCAUUUAUAAUGAAGAAAAAAUUCAAAUCUAUGAAAUUUUUGAAUGA